CACAACGCCAGCCUCUCGUUUCCGAGUCUCAGUCCCCAGGACCCGUUGGUUCGUCAUCCGAUUCCAUCAACUUUCGGCAUCAUUUUUCUCUACACAGAUCAAACUCUUACAGUUCUCAUUUCAAGCUGGCGUCUAAACAUAUUUUCUACGGCCCUCAUCUAUCGGCAUCCCUCCUACUAUAAGAGGGAAUAUCGCCGAUAUGUCGUCCGCAAACUAUGAAUCUAUAACCCAGGAGGAUAGAGAUGAGGCAACUAGCUCUCCUGAAGGAAGACGACAUCGACGUCGCGGUAGGAUAGCUCACCCGGCAGGUGAAGCAUCGUGGGGUAGUAGUGUUGUCAAUCUCUUGAAUACCAUUGUCGGCGCUGGUGUGUUAGCAAUGCCCCACGCAAUGUCCCAGUUCGGAAUAACUUUGGGUGUCUUCGUUAUUCUGUUUUCCGGUUUCAUGUCUGGCUUUGGUCUCUACCUGCAAACUCGAUGCGCCAAGUAUAUUGAUAGAGGGGCAGCCAGCUUUUUCACUUUGAGCCAGCUGACUUUUCCCAAUGCGGCUGUUGUGUUUGAUUUCGCUAUUGCCAUCAAAUGUUUUGGUGUGGCGAUUUCUUAUCUUAUUAUCAUUGGCGACCUUAUGCCGCAGGUCAUCCUGGGUUUUAAUCAAAAUGCUGGCGACAUUGACUAUCUGAUCGAUAGACAUUUCUGGAUAACAGGUUACAUGCUUGUGAUUAUUCCACUUUCUUUCCUCAGGCGGCUGGACUCUUUGAAAUACACUUCGUUUGUUGCAUUAAUUUCUAUCGGAUACCUUAUCAUCAUUGUGCUCGCCCACUUUUUGAAGGGCGACACCUUGGGUGAUAGGGGUGAUGUUCGCUUGAUAACUUGGGCCGGGCCUAUAGAAGCACUUAGUAGCUUUCCCGUCAUAGUUUUCGCCUAUACUUGCCACCAGAACAUGUUCUCGAUAUUGAACGAAAUAAAGGAUGCGUCCCAUAAAUCGACCCUCAAUGUCGUGUUAGGGUCAGUUGGAUCUGCAAGCUCCAUUUAUGUCCUUGUUGCUAUCACAGGGUACCUAUCAUACGGCGAUAAUAUCGGCGGGAAUAUUAUUGCCAUGUAUCCCUCAUCUUGGACAUCUACGAUAGGCCGUGCAGCUAUCGUUAUACUUGUCAUGUUUAGUUACCCUUUGCAAGCACACCCUUGUAGGGCUAGUAUUGAUAAUAUACUCAAGUGGAAGCCCUUUCAAAGAAGGGUUGGUUCCAGACCCCCAUCCCCCGGCAGGGUUCAUGAGAUGAGCGACUGGAGGUUUGCAUUAAUCACGACGGCAAUUAUCGUUGGGACAUACCUUGUGGCCAUGACUGUCAACAGUUUGGAGAGAGUGUUAGCUUAUGUUGGAAGCACUGGCUCAACGAGCAUUAGUUUCAUUCUUCCGGGUCUUUUUUACUGGAAAAUAUCGAACCCAGAAUCAGAUAAUCACCGCCUCCUAAAAGAAGAUGAAGAUAGCGAUGAAGAAGAGGGUGAUCAUAGAGCAGACACCUGGAAAAGUAGGCUGCUCCGAAGGGGAGCCAUGGGACUCGCCAUAUAUGGAUUCGUUGUUAUGAUCACUUGCUUGACACUCAAUACUUUCUAUGUGGUUGCACAUUGAUUGGCCCUGCCAACAUUCCUACCAUGGAGGACCAGUGGCACUUUACCGUCUGAUUUUUUUUCAUUGUUAUUCUCUCCUAAUUAUUGGGGCUUGCGAAAACAGACGGCUGUGUUAUAAAUCACUAUGGCUAAUAAUGCCAUUUUCUUUCAUUUGUUUUUUUUGCUUUAGGCGUUCCGCGGUGUUGUCAGAACCAUAUAGAUUCCUUUCGCUGUG